AUGCCAGCCACAACAGCCCAAACUUAUACCAAGGACCAAAAAGUUGGAGAAGGUACUUAUGCUGUCGUGUACGUCGGCAAGCAAGUGAAGACAAAUCGCAAGAUUGCCACGAAAGAAAUCAAAACAGGCUUGUUUAAAGAUGGCCUCGACAUGUCUGCGAUUCGGGAAGUAAAAUACUUAAAAGAGCUCCAACAUCCGAAUGUUAUCGAAUUGAUUGAUGUAUUCAUGUCACACGACAACAAUUUGAACCUCGUGCUAGAGUUUUUGCCCUGUGAUUUAGAGGUUCUCAUCAAAGACCAGAGUAUAGUGUUUAAAUCAUCAGACAUAAAAGCAUGGCUUCUUAUGACACUCCGAGGAUUACACCACUGUCACCGGAAUUUCAUUCUUCAUCGAGACUUAAAACCAAAUAAUUUGCUCUUGGCUCCAGACGGGCAACUCAAAAUCGCCGAUUUCGGGUUGGCCCGCGCCUUUGGAAAUGCCAACGAGGAUUUCACCCCCAAAGUUGUCACUCGCUGGUACCGUGCCCCUGAAUUGCUUUUUGGCGCAAAGCAUUAUACGGGUGCUGUUGACAUUUGGGCAGUUGGGAUUAUAUUUGCUGAGCUCAUGCUUAGAACACCAUACCUUCCAGGAAAGGACGACCUAGAUCAACUAGAUGUGACAUUCAAAGCCUUGGGCACACCAACAGAACAGGUAUGGCCGAACGUCUCAAACUUGCCAUUGUACAACGCUUUGAGAGUGUACCCACUUCCGUCUAGACAAGAACUUCGAAAUAGAUUCAGCGCAGCCACUGAGAAGGCCUUAGACUUGAUGAUCUCCAUGACCCAGCUAGAUCCGUCAAGAAGAUGCGAUCUGACGGCGGCAUUGUUGAGCGAAUAUUUUACAGAAAUGCCUUCGGCGACACCACCACUUGAGUUACCUACGAAAAAGAGUGAAAAGGAUGAGAAGAGACGAAAAAUAGCGUAG